UGGUUUGUGUACCUUUGAAUUUUGUAUGGAGAUGUAUUCUUCUUGUUUUCUUGCUGAGCAAAGGAUAAGAAUGGCAUCAGAGUUGAUUUCUACAGAGGAAGUGGUGAAUACAUUGCUGGAAAACUUAGUUGGUCCUCUGUUGCCUUUGAGAACAUCCGCCGUUAAGGAAGCUCCCUCUCUUUCUCAGCAGCAGUCUGUAGCCAAACAGUUGCAUGCUGUUGUGUUGCUUUACAACUACUACCAGAGGAAGCAAAAUCCACAGGCACAAUUUUUAGAUUUUGAGUCAUUUUGCAAGUUGGCCAUGACUCUGAGGCCAGUGUUGGUGUCAUACAUGAAGUUUACGAAUCAAUCCAAUACAACUGGCUCCAAGGACACGGACAAUGAUCUCUCAGUGACUGAAAAAGCAAUCCAAGAUGCUUGCAAUAUAUCUUGGGCUUUGGAUGCAUCAAAAGAUGUUCCGUCUAUGAACGAAUGGCUAAUUGCAAAAGUAUCUGUCCUACUACUAGACUCUAAGAAAGAAAAUUGUUGGCUGCUUUUUGGUUCUGUUACUGAAGGGGUCUGGUCUCUCCUCGAAAAAUGCCUUGACCUUCCCACUGCUGAAAUAGAAGGUGAGGUGGAGACAAAACAUCUACACAAAAAGAAGCGAACCAACAUAAGACCAGUGACAGUAGAGCAAAAAGAUGAUGACUCUGGCUUUCAGCAGCUUGCAUUUAUAGCUGUCAAGGAUGCUACAGGUAUUUCUCGGUCUGACCUUAUGGUUUUGGAGGAGCAUGUGGUAUAUUCACUAACUAAAGAGAAGACAUCCUCUUGCUUUUACAUCAUGCAAUGUACCCAAUCAGCCAAUCAGGACAAUCAAAAUCCUGUCAAGGAGACUCUCAAGAGUUUACAAGGCCCACUGGUGAAAAGGAGUUCUGGUGGUUGGUCCACUACAGAAGUAGUUGAGCACUUUCAUCUGCUUCCCUAUGCCAGUAUCAUGUCAGCCUUUUUUCUGAGGUAUCUUCAUUUUCAAUUGGCCUUUGUUUGUGGUGAGCUUUCAGUAUAUCUUGCUUUAUACAGUCUACAUGCCUACUUGACAACUUUGUGCGAUCAAAUUGACGAAGGCCAAUAUAUGCAUAACUUAUAUUUUGUAAUUUUGCUUGAUUCCUUUAGGCCUAACAUGCAAUUGAACAAGACUAGUAAAAAACGUGGCAACGUAAGCAUCAUGAGUGCUAAAGGUUCACACAGUGCUUGCAGUAUUUUGGUCAAUGACAAUAAUGACAGAAAUGCCAACCCUGCAGACUCUUUUAGUGCAGAGGUUGUUGCCAAUAACAAUUGUGAAAAGAAUACAGGGUACCAGAAAGAUUUUGUGAAGGAAAAUGAUGUGCACCAUGAAAGAGUGAGUGCCUAUGGGAGUUUUAGUGGUGAAGCCAAAGAGGCAAGUGCUAGUAAAGGAUGGCAGAGCAUAGGGGAAAAGAUAGAAAAGAUGGAAGCAAAGACACCUAAUGAAAGCUUAGUUGGAACCAAGUCAGACCGUAUAAACCUAGAAAUUUCAGAGGCAAAAGAUGGUGAUGGUCCCCUUGAAAAAGUCAGUCAUUCUGCAGUUGGUCAAGAAGUAGAUGGCUCCCAUAGGAUAAGGAAAAGUGAAGAAGCUGGAAGAGAUUGUUCAAUUAGAAAUAAAGAAAUUGUAGAUUUCAGUGGUGAUAAGCUAACUGGUGUCAACUUGGAAUGUUUAAAUGAUACAAGUAACAACGUACACCAUGAAAAUAUCCGAGACAAUGAAGAUUCAACUGCGAAAGAACCGUGUGCUAACAUCAACCGCCCAAGGACACUAGAAGAGAAAGCUGAGGAGCUGGUGAAAUCCACUAAAAGCUGUGAAAUCAAUGAUUUUAAUGAUAAAGAGUUAGCUGGUGCUUGUCGUGAACCUUUGGAGGUGCAAAUGAAUGAUGGUUAUUCUAGUUCUCCUACCAGGCCUCAGAGGAUGGAUAUUGAUGCAUGUAUUCCCUGCUCCAAAAAUGGAAAUAACAGUAAGGAUUGUAAGCUUACCACAGAAGUUUAUCAGCACCAGAACAAGAGGAUGAGGGAGAGUGGUGGAGAAAUCAUUGGAAGUGGCGUAAUUUGCAAGGCACCAAGAACUGAUGAGGGGAAGGCUGAUAAAGAGUGUGGCCUUUCCGCUACCUCACCCAAUCAAAAUGGGAUUUCUGUGGCACAUACUGCACUUGUUCCUUACAAGCAUGAAUCUAUGGAUAUAGGCGAUUUACCAACUGUUUUGGCUUCAAAAGAGAAGGCUUUGACACAAAUUUCCCUGGACAUUCUUCUUCAUAAACGAGAGAAACUGUUAUAUCCAUUUGCAUUCAUUUCUUUGCAGUAUCAUCAACAACUUAAAAUAGGAGAUGAAAUGGCAUUAUGUGAUAAAAGUAUUCAAAGAAUCUUUGAAGGUGGCAAAGACAAUUUGCCUCUAAAACUAGAUACAGUAUUGGACUUCUCUGAAGAAAUGCGCUUGAAGGAUAGAGCUGCUAUCCAAGAAGGCCAUCAACCUGACGAAGAGCUUGGCGUGCUUCAAUCUAUGAGUGAAAGGAAAUUGUCCAAAGCUGUACGCACUCCAAGACGUGCAUGCCAGGACUUGUAUCAAAUUUGUUGUGUGAAUAACUGGAUGGUUCCAUCAUAUAGUCAGUCAGCAACAGAUGGUGGAUUUAAUGCUAUAGUUACUGUAAGGGGGCCUAAAUUUCUUUGCUCUUGUGAGAGUGAUCUGCAGCCCAGCUCCUCUGAAGCACGCGAGUCGGCUGCAUUUCAGAUGAUUACCAAUCUACAGCCAAAAGCGGACAACGCCCAUUAGAUUGCAUGAUAGCAAGGAAACAUGAACACCCAACAUUUUCAAAUCCUAUUAAUGGUGACCAUACUAUUAAUUCCAUAGUACUGUAUUGAUUUCACUGUUGUCCAGAAGCAAUUUAUAUGUGCCUUUGAGCUGAAAUUUCUUAGAAUUUCAGUUGUUUGCAUCACAUAUUGGUGCUUUGAACAUUUAUUAAGGCCAAAUUCACAGACGACCCCUUGAGGUUGGCUUUAGUUUUCAUUUUGACACCUCAACUAAGGUCGAAUACCUAUUGAAUGCUGAUGUCUAUUGAACACCUCUAUGUGCUGCCAA